GCACAGUGCACACACUCGACUCGGCGACGGACCGGGCCUGCGCCUGCGCUCGUGAUACGCUUGCCCCCACUCCGCCAGCGUCGAACAGCUUUCCACACGGCAGCGGCGGCGGCGGAGCAGCAGACUCGCUCGAGCACAGCUCGCAUCAGCCGUCAGUUAGCAACCGGCACUCGCGCGCUCAAGUCACGAGAGAGCGCAGCGACGAGAAAGAGACUUGGAUCCUCAGCCAUCAUCCGAGAUAGGAGUGCCAGCGCGACGCACUCGUUUUUCGCCAAGUGUGAUAGAUCGUAUAUACACACACGUAACUUUGUAUAUAUAUCCGCGAAAGUGCCGGUGCAAUACAUACAUAAGUAUAUUAUACAGUAUAGAUCGUCGUGACACAAAAGAGGCCAAGAGUCGUCCGCCGCGACUAUAGCUUUUCUACGUUGAAACUUUUGAUACUCGUUGCUUCUAUAUACAUCUACGGCUCGUGAAUAGAUACGUUGUAGAUACGCUAAAUAUAUAUUCCGUGACGAGAAGAGAAGCUCCGUAUAACCUCGGCUUUAUUCUUCUCUAUCUCGCGCGCUUAUCGUCUGUGAUCACGCACAAGUACACGCGCACGUCCCGAUGAUCAUCUCUGGAUUAUGACUGCAAGUUUCUCGCUGAUCCUCUACAAAAGUGAUAACUUACGGACGUCCAAGCUUUCGAGCGGAGCUUGCACAACCUCGACCGCUACAACCGCUACUCAGUGUUCUCGAAGCUUCGCCGGGAGCAGCAGCGAUUGACACACGGAUACAGCGGCGCAUCGACGAGCACUAGGGGUUCACACAGAGUCGACGAGGGAAAAGCUUCAAGAUUCCUGUGGCAAACGAGCUGGAGAUUUGCCCUGAGGCGGGCACGAUCGCUUUUCGUGCUGUAAACGCCAGUAUGGGUCAAAUCUGCAAUGACACACACAUGCUGCUGAUGGACGCGUUCCUGCAGAACAACCGACUGGACCACGUGUCCCGGGUGAUGUCCUCACACCCGACUUAUCUGGAACACUUCCUUCGGACGCAGAACUUCAUCCUUCGCGGGGACGGACCUCUGCCCUACGACUACCGACAUCUCAUCGCCAUCAUGGCCGCCGGCAGACACCAGUGCAGCUACCUGAUAAACCUCCAGAAAACCGAGUUCCUCCACCAGGGCGGACUCGAGUCUUGGCUCAAAGGCCUCAGGUCCAUCCCCGGAAAGCUGCAGGAUCUCUACGAGAUCAACAAGAUCCUCGCACACAGGCCCUGGCUGCUCAACAAAUCACACAUAGAGAAACUGACGAAAGGAAAGGACAGCUGGUCGCUGGCGGAGGUCGUCCACGCGAUAGUCCUCCUGGCGCACUUCCACUCGCUCUCGUCCUUCGUCUUCUCCUGCGGCAUCAACGAGGAGCUCGACAACUCCAUGGGACACCACUACAAGGAGAACAUCCAGGCCAACAGCAAUAUACCCAAGCCUUUAAAGCUGUCGAGCAGUCCCAAACAGAUCCCCAACGGCAUCGGCAAAAAUGAAAAAUUGCCCUCACCGCCGUCCUCGCCGAGCAUCGUGGGCGAACAGGAGGUCGGCGUGGAGACUCUGAUGGAGCGCAUGAAGCGCCUGUCGGAGAAGUCCGAGUCGUACCAGAUCACCCAGGAGGAGCUGUCGAAACGCUUCGAGACCGUGGAGACGCAGUCGGCCGAGCUGGCGGCGGCGCCGCAGCGCAGCAGUUCCGUCCUCGACUCGGACAUCGGCCACUUCAUCGAGGACCCGGCCUUCAUCUACCAGGACUUCGCCAAGCGCGGGCAGCUCAACGACAUACCGACCUUCCGCGUGCAGGACUACUCCUGGGACGACCACGGCUACUCGCUCGUCAACAGGCUCUACAACGACGUGGGCAACCUCCUCGACGACAAGUUCAAGACGGCCUACAACCUGACCUACUACACCAUGGGCACGCAUAACAAGGUUGACACGUCGCGCUUCAGGCGAGCCAUCUGGAACUACAUACAGUGCAUGUUCGGCAUCAGGCACGACGACUACGACUACAACGAGGUCAAUCAGCUGCUCGAGCGAAGCCUCAAGACCUUCAUCAAGAGCGCGGUCUGCUAUCCGGAGCGCGUCACCAAGAGGGAUUACGACCGCGUCAUGAGGGAGUUCAAGCACAGCGAGAAGGUUCACGUCAAUCUCAUGAUCCUGGAGGCUCGCAUGCAGGCGGAGCUGCUGUACGCCUUACGCGCCGUCAUGCGUUAUAUGACCUAACUGUCCGACGACCAGAUGGAGAGCAUCAGCAGUGCGAGAGGUUUUUUCACGAGCCCGACGACGCCCGGUCGUGGCUGUCGCAGAGAGGCUAGUAUGCAGAACGCGAGACCGUUGGCCGUCUCCUGCGGCCAGAGGCGCGAGCGUUAAAUUUAUCAGACACACACACACACACACACAUUAUAUUGGAGACAAGGACGGACGAGGAGAUUUAAAGGCAAGUUUUUAUCCUCGAAAGCUACACUUGAAGCAGACGCAAACCUUUGAAAAGAGAAAAAGAGGCGAAUUUUUUCGAUUAGGUUUUGUAGACAAUUUUCGUACGUCCAAUCGAAGUUUGUUGUUAUAGAUUGUAUUUUUUUAUUUUUAUUUUCUAACCAUUCACGUUUAAUCGCGCUUACUCAAGAGAAAGUGUGAGGUGGUGUGAGAGAAAGAGAUGCGUUCUUUUCGUCUAAACGAUUUUGUAAAUAUUGAUUUGAUAAAUAUAAUCGGUUUUAACAAUUCGCUUCUCGGGCAGAAGGAUCGUUCGACUGACAUCUUAACGAGAUCUAAUUCUCAUCCAAGAGUAUAUUAGUUUUAUCGCUUGGCAAAAAGACAAACAUUAUUAAUUAACAAUCGUAUAAAUUAUUUAAGUGAAAACUAUUACUUCUUCGUUACUUAGAAUUGAUAGGCAGAAUCACAAUCAAAUUCACAUCAAAGCUGAUCUUUAUAUAACGAAAUGGUCGAACGAGUCGCCUCGAGGCGACUUUAGGAUUAUAGAUAAAGUUUUGUGAUACUUUGGAUCUUUGGAAUCACGAUGGAAGCGAACAAAAGGGUGGCAAUUUAUUGCUCGUCAUGUCGAGGUCGGAUUUGCGCGUCGUAACGUGUUCGAAAUUAAUUUCGUUUUUAAUGGUGAUAAUAAUAUUUAGCAGUCGAAACACACGAUAAUAACAUCGUCAGUUCCUCAUAUCAAACAAAAUUAUAUCAAUGAGAAAAUCUUGAGUUUUGAAAAUAUUCAUUAAAAUAUCGAAAAUCUCGAGCUUAUAAAAUAUUUUAGCUGUAACGAAAACCAAGUUGACGAAGUAGGGAUCAGAGAGAUUCUAAAAUUCAAAAUUUUAUUCUGUUUUCUACUCUUAAUACUUAAACGUACUUUUAACGUACUUUUAUCAAUAGAUACUUUUACGUAUCCGAUUUUACUUUGUACACUAUGAUUUCAAAAUUUUCUCCUCUGGCACACGUUUUUCAAACUUGACAAUUAAGUACGACAUGACCAACAUUUAAAAAAAAAGUGGUUGUAACGAAGAAGAGGCUGUUUUAUCAAAUCAAAUUUAUAUAAUUACAAACAUAAGUAGAUAUAUAACUUGUAAAUAAUAAAUAUUAUGUAUUGUAAUAUACGAAGAGACAUAGUUACGUUAUGUAAAUUAUAUUUAAAUUAUAUUAUUCUGUGAUUGCAUAAGUUUAACUUAAAAAUAUUUAAAAUUCUAAUAUUAUUUUUUGAAAAGUCAAGAAACAAGAAUUCUUUUUCAUCGCGAGAGAAUUGUAAAUAAUUUUGGUACGAUAUUCAGAUAAAAGGUGACUGAGCUGUCUCUUUGUAUUAACUUGAAUGUGUGGAGUAAAUCUAGUGAUUGGAUGUGUGAUUUGAGGCUCUCAUAAUUCAGUGUCUUGCGUCCAUCGAUAGGUUCGGCGCAGUUAAUGUCAGCUGUAAGAUAAUCUCAUUUUAACGAUACUGCUAUAACGAUUUCAAAACUACAGCCUUUGAAAUGAGUAUAGUAAAAACGACCAAACAUCAAAUAUAUAAGGAAUCCUCUUAAAGAGAUACAAAACGCUAAAAGAAUAUUUUUGGCCAAUUCAUACGACUCCUCUAACUAGCACUAACAUAUCAAACGGAGUCCAUAGGACAAAUACAAAGGACAACACACACACCUAAAUUCAUUGUGAUCAUUAUUUAUAAUCAGCGAACAUCUGACAUGUUUCGUAUAGACGUACAUGGAUGUCAAAAUUCUAAAAUAUCUCAAAAUUUUGUAGAUAAAAGCGCUUUGUUUAAAUUAGUACAUAACAAACGAUAUCGAGGACUAAGAGCAGAGUACUCGAAGUAGCAGAGUUAUUCGAGCUAGGUCGGUGAGAUUGUAAAAGUUGGGAGGAUGAUGGCUUUGUCGCGUUAGAAAAGAAAUGCUGUGUUAAACCAAAAUUGUACAGAAUUCAAACAUAUAAGUUACUCUGGACGUAACAAUUUUUAUUGAAUCGCCGCCUUAUCAACUGUACGCGCCUUAUUUUUACGAAACCACUUUUCUGUUUAACUCAUUGAUGUAUAACUCCAUUGUCAUUUCUGUAAGAAGAGAGAGAGAGAGAGAGAGAGAGAGAGAGAGAGAGAGAGAGAGAGAGAGAGAGAGAGAGAGAGAGAGAGAGAGAGAGAGAGAGAGAGAGAGAGAGAGAGAGAGAGAGAGAGAGAAUAAUUCGCAAGACGCUAUGCUGCAAUCGAAACGAAGUCGGACCAGAGCUCGUCCGGCUUCACCUCGAGUCUCUCUAUAUAUGCGUUUAUAUAUUUUGUCAUCGUCGUCGUUCCUUCUCUUUCCAUCAGCGUGAUUGUCCCUUUAUUUAAGAAUUAGUCUCGCGCGGCCGUUCCUCAUUGCAACUCUGUUUUCAAACAGCCCACGGAGAGUUCGUCGGCUAAAUCUAUUAUUUAAGUUUAAAAAGUGGCCGGGGAUUCGCGAACGCUUCUCCCGAUCUUCGCGAGUGUUCGAAACGUCAGAGGCGUUCGCGAAUCUCCGCUAAGCGAUCUCAAAAAGAGUGCGAAAGUCGAGGGAUGCCGGGCGACAUUUUUGUGUUGAAGUAAACCUUAAUAUACCCUUACUUUCGAUCGUGAUGAGGCGUCUGUAAAUGUCUGAAUGCGUAAUCUUCGUGAAUGUGAAAAGUAGGAAAGAGAAGGAAGCGUCAACACUUUGUAAAGGCUUUUCGCAGUAAUCUCGUCGAAACGACAAUCAUCGGCAGGAUUACUCCGGCAAGACUUCGACGGCCAUUUAGUAAUUAGUUAAGUCGCAAUUUUAUACUUUUUUCGCAUAUCGAUCCAGUUCACUUGUAACAUUGCGAUGUCGGCGAAGCCGCGUUUGUGGAAUUAUAUAUUUAUUAAGAUUGUCGCAAAGAAUUUUAAAUGCGUUCGUAAACUUUGGUUUGUUUGAUCCACGCCGUCUUUUUUUUUUAUUAUUAUCCUAUUCUGAUAAUUUAUUGUAGCUAUUGAGAAAAGCGUCAAGAGAAUAUACGAGGAGAGAUAGGAGGAUAUUCAAAGAAUCCCGCGUAACAUUGAAAUAGUUUAUCGUUCAUAACUGUUGAGUUUAGUUUGCUGACUCACGAGCAGCAUAGCUUUAUCGUUUCACACUUCGCGUUUUUAUUUAAAAAUAGAAAAUAUACGCAAUAUAUUGCAAGAUGAGAAUAAAACGCUAACCUAUGUAACAGGAACAGCGAUGUUUCCGAGCACGUGGUUCCGAGAGAAAUUAUAAAAGAAUUAAUGAUGACGAAACAAAUCGAAUCGAGACCUAACGUCUCGAGAUCUAUAGUCAAAGCUCUGAAAGUGCAGAUAACGUCUUCGAUCUUGCGACUUUUUUACUAGAUCUAAAAGAUAUAAAAUGUUACAAAAAGAUGCGUAUAGUAACGUUGUACGUUCGGAUGCGUCGUUUCCACUUUCGAAAGUCACAAAGCAUAUUAAUUGUACAAGCCACCGUAUCAAGAGUGAUAAUUCAAGUGAUUUGACUUGACCCUUCUGAGGAUCAUGGAUGAAAGAAAGAAAAGCGUGACGAGAAAAAAAAAUAUGAUUGGUAAUCGUACUGGUUCGAAGCGUUGGAGAUUGAAGACUUGUUUCCUCUCUCUUUUUGUAGAAAAAUAUUUAUCUAUGUAAAGUAUAUAUUGUCACCUAUUGAGCAACAACAUCGUGCUCUUUAUGAUUGUGUAACAUCUUUGUAUCCUCUCGGUCUCUUAAUAAUUUUAAGCGGAGCGGUCCAAAGCUUAAUUUUAUCAUAGAUCGAAGGAAAACAAUUGCGCAGGCUUAUCUCUGCAAUAUAAGGAGCACGCUCUAUUAGGUGACAUAAGUGUGAUUUUGUAUUAUUUUUUUUUAUAUUUUUAAUAUUUUUUUAAGUUUUCUUCGCUGACGCUUUGAGCGAAGUGUGACUAUCACCAUGUGGGGAGGGUUGUAUGUGAUGUGAUUUCUUUUAUAUCGUAAUGAAUAAUGAACACUCUAAGAAAUGUUAUAGUUUCAUAUAUAAGUGAUAUGUUAUUUGUCAUUUAUUUUAUCCCUUAAUAAAUGAUGUUAUAUAAAAAA